GUGCCACCACAUCCACAACCACAACCACAACAAUAUCCAAAAUCUAUUGACCAUAUAUGUAUGUAACUCUCAAGGCAGAGAGGGGAUUUAGGCUCAGUGAAAAUGGCAUCAAGGGUGGCUCAGGCUCUCUCUUCUUCUCUCACUAACCAAAUUCCAGUCCUCUCAAACCCAAAAUCCCCAUCUCUUCUGCCACACAAUCUCACUUCACCAAAGACAACAAGGCUUUGUCAUUUCAGAGUCCAAGCAAACUUAGGAGGUGGAGAUGGAGAUGGAGAGAUCAAGACAAAGGGGAAGAGGAAAUUUAUAACUAGAGAAGAAGAACCAGAACAGUAUUGGCAAACAGCAGGAGAAAGAGAAGGAGAGAAUCCAAUGAAGACACCUCUCCCUUACAUAAUCAUAUUUGGCAUGUCAACACCUUUUGUCAUCUUAGCCAUUGCUUUUGCUAAUGGUUGGGUUAAGGUACCAGUCAGAUGAUUAGUUAAUUAAUUCUGUAAUAUUGCAAAACAGAGUACCCAGGAAACUGAACUGACCCAGUUUUCCUUUUUUAUAUGCAUAAUUUGAGUUGUUUAAUACUAGCAUAUAUAAACAACAUCCAUGCGCAAGAUUCCCUAGGCGGGGUCGGGACAGACGAGAUGUACGGAGAUUUUAUCAAUAAAACUUGCUCUGCUUUGGCCA